AUGAGGUUCCACAAGUACAGGCAGCUCGAUCGAGCUGAGUUGGACCAAGGUUGGGGAUGGAUCACGUUCUUGGCAAGAGGAGAAAGGAAGGCAGUGACCUUCAGGCAGUUGGAGAUCCUUUUCGGUUUCACUUAUGGAGAGGGAACCCAUUGGGAUAUCAAGGAAGAUGAGCUACAAAGGGUUUGGGCUACAAUCGCUGAUGGGGCUCUCGCCAACACCUUCUUUGCAAGGAAGGCGACUGGGACAAUAAAUGAGGGAGAAGUGAAGCUCCUUGACAUGGGAAUCAAGCCCAUCAUCUCACGCACCAAGGAUGGGAGGAAGAUCAGGGGAGAUAGAAUCCAUGCAGGGAACCUCAUGCCUCUCAUUGACCAGCUACUCUCCUACAAGACCACCGCCUAUAGCACUCGUUUCAAAAGGGAAGGAAGCUUAGUGUUGGAGGAGUCAUCACGCCUAUCCUCUGUGCAGCUGGAGUCCAUUUGGACAAGAGAAGGUCUACUCCAGCAGGGUGGAUGGAUAUUAAGUUUUGCAAGACCAACCUCUUCAUUGAACACAAGGAGUUGGAUGGGAGGUUCCAAUUCAAAUUCACUCAUCCCUUUGGCUGGCCCCUCCAAGCUUCUUCUACCCAACCCUGAGCUCACCACGGUCUAG